AUGGAAUUUGAUCGGAGAAUUGGGAAUCCGGAGGAAAAAGCAAAAGGAGCAGAGAAAUUCAAAUGGCUGAAGGAAGAAAGUUUUACACGUGGUGCUGAACACGACACGUCGUCUAUAAAGUGGAAUCAAUUGCCAAUUGUGCUAUCUGGCCCCGUGACCCGUUCCUCUGUAACUAAAACCCGCCAAUUUUGCCUCUCCACAAAGCUUCUCCCUCUCAUUCCGAUGGCUCAUUCCGUCUCCACUCUCACCGCUCUCGCCGACGAGAAGACUCUCCGGCCGACUUUCGUCCGCGACGAGGACGAGCGUCCCAAAGUCCCUCACGAUCUCUUCAGCGAUGAAGUUCCGAUCAUCUCGCUCGCCGGAAUCGACGAUGCCGAAGGCGGCCGCAGGGCCGAGAUUUGCCGGAAAAUCGUGGAGGCCUGCGAGGAUUGGGGGAUUUUCCAGGUCGUCGACCACGGCGUCGACGCCGCACUUAUUUCUGAAAUGAGUCGCCUCGCUACAGAAUUCUUCGCGCUGCCGCCGGAGGAGAAGCUCCGAUUCGACAUGUCCGGCGGAAAGAAGGGCGGAUUCAUCGUCUCCAGUCACCUCAAGGGCGAAGCAGUACAAGAUUGGCGGGAGAUAGUGACGUAUUUUUCGUAUCCUAUCAGAAACAGAGACUACUCGCGGUGGCCGGACAAGCCGGAGGGGUGGGUGGCGAAAACGGAGGAGUACAGCGAGAAGCUGAUGGGGCUGGCCUGUAAGCUUCUGGAGGUGCUAUCGGAAGCCAUGGGGCUGGAGAAGGAGGCGCUAACCAAUGCCUGCGUGGACAUGGACCAGAAAAUUGUUGUCAAUUUCUACCCCAAAUGCCCUCAGCCGGACCUCACUCUCGGCCUCAAGCGCCACACCGACCCCGGCACCAUAACGCUCCUCCUCCAGGACCAGGUCGGGGGCCUCCAGGCCACCAAGGACAACGGCCGCACCUGGAUCACCGUCCAGCCCGUCCCUGGAGCCUUCGUCGUCAAUUUGGGAGACCAUGGCCAUUAUCUUAGCAAUGGGAGGUUCAAGAAUGCUGAUCACCAAGCAGUGGUGAAUUCAAAGAGCAGCAGAUUAUCCAUAGCCACAUUUCAAAACCCAGCGCCAGAGGCCAUUGUUUAUCCAUUGAAGGUCAGAGAAGGGGAGAACCCAAUUCUUGAGUCCCCCAUCACCUUCUCUGAGAUGUACCAGAGGAAGAUGAGCAGGGACAUUGAGCUUGCCAGGCUCAAGAAGUUGGCCCAACAAGAACAGGCCCAAGCCCAAGAGUUGUUGGACAAGCCCCAUUUGGUCGAGCCCAAGCCCAUGGACAAAAUAUUUGCUUGAAAUGUUGGACCGGGCCCAUUUUAGUUGUCCAGCCUGUGACCAUAUGGAAUAACUAUAGUGUACUUGCACUUGCUCUAUGGUCAUCUAUUGUUACUAUUUAUGUAAUGAGAUGUUAUUGAUUAUGAUAAUUAUAAUAUUAUAUUUUGGACGACAAAAGUUUGAAUCUUCACUCGAAUGAUAAUAAUAUGUAAUGCCGCACGUCCAGGAUUUGAAUAAGGAUUCAAAA